AUUGCAGAAGAAGGAAGCUAGCCUAGACUAACCCAGGCCCCACGUCGAUCGCUAGCUAGUUUAAAGAUUCAAUCUUCUUAUUCUGAAUGAACAUAGUUAUAAUCUAUAAGUUUGGGAACAAUGGAUGGCAGAGGCAGAUCACUCGUCCUUCUCUGUCUUUCAUGUUUGCUGAUUCCUGCCUGCUCUACGACUAACACUUUAGAGCGAGGCGAACAGCUCAGAUAUGGGGAGCUGCUGAACUCAUCAAACGGUCUCUUCACAUUAGGAUUCUUACGGUUUAACGAAGCUUCAGAUAAAUCUUUCUUAGGAAUUUGGUAUAAUGGUUACAUCUCCAAUUCUGAAGUUGACGUACGUCACGAACCAGUUUGGAUUGCAAACCGGAACAACCCAAUCUUCAACGGUUCUGGAAUUCUCUCGGUCAACCACAAUGGAUGCCUGCAGAUUUUAUCUGGGGAGAGAGAGUUCAUUGCCUUGUAUUCAACUAGAGAUGCAAUUCAGGCUCGUGCCACCCUACGGAGCGAUGGCAACUUUGUACUGCAGCAGCUGAAUUCGGAUGGAUCUGUGAAGGGGGAUUUAUGGCAGAGUUUUGAUUAUCCAACGGACACUCUUCUCCCGGGCAUGAAACUAGGAUUUAACAUGAAAACUAGGUUGAAUUGGACUUUAACGUCAAUGAGAAGUCACAACUCACCUGCCUCAGGCUCUUUUACACUGGGAGUGGAUCCCAACGACACAAAACAACUGGUCAUAUUGCGGCGAGAUGAUGUAUACUGGAGAAGUGGACCUUGGCAACGUAGCAGCUCUGGCUUUCCACACUUAGAGUCCUUUCAGGGUUUGGGCUACUACUUUAGCUUCACUCAAAAUAGGUAUGAAACGUACUUCAAUGUCACUGCAGACCACGCACUGGUCGUUUUCCUAAAACUAAGAAAGAAGGAUCUGCACUCGUAUGAUGUGCUCGCGAUUUAUACUGAUGGAACCCGGCAAAGUUUAGUUUCAUGUACUAAUCAACACAAUUCAUUCAUUACGGUCGGAUGCACAAAGCAAAACCUUCCUGAGUGCAGGCAUACUAUGCUUGAUUACGAUUACAUCUCCUCGGACGACAUUUCAAUGUCCAGCCCUGGAUACAGAUUCAGCGAUAGUGAAAACCUGACUCUUGAAGAUUGUAAAGUCAAAUGCUUGCUAAACUGUUCGUGUUUGGCCUUUGCUGCCACGAAUGAUGAGGAUGACACUGGCUGUGAAAUUUGGGUAUCGAGGGCAUUUUCGGAACAAACGUAUAAUGGUCGCACGAUAUACAUGCUUCCUUCCAAAGGGAAUAAAUGGUGGCUAUGGCUAACCAUUGUAGUUGGAGGAAUGAUGAUCAUACCAACUCUGUUCUCUGUCUGCUACAUCAUAUGGAAAAAUUUCACAUUAAAUGGGGAUGAAAACAUUAAUCAAAGGACACUAAUAAAAGAAUUGGAAGGCAGUGAUGCGCCUUCCAUCUCAUUUGGAAAGCCAAAACGUCAUAAGAAGGAUAGAAAUGAACUCCAUGUCUUCAGCUUUGAAAGCAUUGGACUUUGGUUGCUUAAUACUUUGCCUAAUUCAUGGGAAACUUUUCGAGUUUCAUGGACCAAUGCUGCUCCUAAUGGUGCUAUGACCAUGGAAUAUGCUAAGACUGGUGUCUUGAAUGAAGAGGUGAGAAGAAUUAAUCAGGCUGCAUCUUCUUCAACCUUACAGUCAGAUGUUCUAGUCAUUGAAGAUAGGGGGAGAAGCAAAACUAAGGGUCAAGGAGGCAGAGAUAAAAGUAGAAGCAAGUCAAGGCCAAAGUACAAAGAUCUUGAAUGUCACCAUUGUGGUAAAAAGGGACAUAUAAAGAAAUACUGUUUUCAACUUAAAAAGGAGAUGAGGCAGGGGAAGAAGAAAGACGAUGAUAAUGAGAACCAUGUUACAGCUGCCAUUGAUGAAGAUCUUCUUUUUGUUGGUGAUGAAAAUGUCAUCAAUUUUGCAUCUCAUGAGACCAGUUGGGUUAUGGAUUCUGGUGCUGCAUACCAUGUUACACAUAAGAAGGAAUUUUUCACAUCUUAUACUUCUGGUGAUUUUGGGGUAUUGAAGAUGGGUGAUGAUGGCCAAACUAAGGUGAUUGGUAUGGGAACAGUUUGCUUGCAAACCAACAAUGGCACAAAGUUGGUCCUUAAGGAUGUCGAGCAUGCACCUGAUAUCCGACUCAACUUAAUUUUUGCGGGAAAGCUGGAUGACGAUGGUUAUUGCAGUUCUUUUAGUGAUGGGCAGUGGAAACUCACUAAUGGUUCCCUUGUUGUAGCUCGAGGCUCUAAGUCUUCCAACUUGUAUUUGAUGCAGAGUUCCAUUGCUGGUGGCUCUGUUAAUGUAGUUGGGAAAGAUGAAUCAUUAGAGUUAUGGCACAAGAGGCUUAGCCAUAUGAGUGUGAGGUCAUAUGGUGGUGCACUUUAUUUUGUCACCUUUAUUGAUGAUCAUUCAAGGAAGCUUUGGGUUUAUCCUUUGAAGACCAAAGAUCAGGUUCUUGGUGUAUUUAAUCAAUUUCAAGCCUUGGUUGAAAGACAAACAGGCAAGAAAUGGAAGUGCAUUCGUAUAGAAAAUGGUGGUGAAUACUCUAAACCAUUUGAUAACUAUUGCAAGGAGCAAGGUAUUAGGCAUCAGAAAACUCCUCCCAAGACUCCUCAGUUGAAUGGCUUAGCCGAGAGGAUGAACAGAACUUUGAUGGAGAGAGUUAGAUGUUUGCUUGCUGAAGCUAAAUUGCCUAGAACUUUUUGGGCAGAAGCUCUUAAUAUAGUGGCGCAUGUUAUCAAUUUGUCUCCCACUAUUGCUUUGGAUAAUGAUGUUCCUGAUAGAGUUUGGUAUGGCAAGGAUGUUUCUUAUGAUAACUUGCGGGUUUUUGGAUGUAAAGCAUUUGUGCAUGUCCCCAAGGACGAGAGGUCAAAGCUGGAUGCUAAAACCAGGCAGUGUAUCUUCAUUGGUUAUGGUCAAGAUGAAUUUGGCUACCAGUUGGGUGAUCCAGUUGACAAGAAACUAGUCAGAAGCUGUGAUGUAGCAUUCUUUGAGGACCAAACUAUUGAAGAUAUUGACAAGGCAGAGAAGAUAAGUCUUCAAAGCAAUGAGAGUUUGGUUGAUUUUAGGCCAGUUGUUGAGACUAUGGUGCCAAAUGCAGUUGAAAAUCAUCUUCAAAAUGAUGAAGUCCAAGAUGACAUCCAUGAUGAAGCCAUGGAAAGUGAGCAGAAAAUGGAGUGGCUUAAAGCCAUGAAGGAUGAGAUGAAAUCUUUGCUUGAUAAUCAUACCUUUGAUUUGGUUAAGUUGCCAAAAAAUAGGAAAGCUUUGAAGAAUCGAUGGGUUUAUAGGGUGAAACAUGAAUAUGGCACCUUGGUUCCACGGUAUAAAGCUAGACUUGUUGUUAAGGGCUUUAGUCAGAGAAAGGGUGUUGAUUUUAGUGAGAUCUUCGCUCCGGUUGUUAAAAUGUCUUCAAUCAGAGUUGUGUUGGGUUUAGCAGCAUGUCUUGAUUUGGAGGUUGAACAAACGGAUGUGAAGACUGCUUUUCUCCAUGGUGAUUUAGAUGAGGAGAUUUAUAUGGAGCAACUAGAAGGUUUUAAAGUCAAAGGCAAAGAGAAUUUUCUGUGCAAAUUGAAAAAGAGCUUGUAUGGCCUGAAACAAGCUCUCAAGCAGUGUCGUGAUAGGGCAUUCAGGAAGUUGUGGUUAUCACAAGAGAAGUACAUUGAAAGAGUACUUCAAAGGUUUGAAAUGGACAAGGUUAAGGUGGUCAGUACUCCUUUAGUUAUUCACUUCAAACUAGGCAAGAAUCAAUGUCCUUCUAAUGAUGAUGAGAAGGAAGAUAGGCAGAUGGUUCCUUAUGCAUCUGUAGUGAGUAGUUUAAUGUAUGCAAUGGUUUGUAUAAGACCAGAUAUUGCUCAUGCAGUGGGAUAUACUGACUCAGACAUGGCUGGGGAUAUUGAUACAAGGAAAUCUACUUCGGGUUAUCUAAUUACCUUUGCAAGGGGAGCUGUGUCUUGGCAGUUAAGGUUACAAAGAUGUGUUGCACUUUCUACCAUUGAAGCAGAGUUUAUAGCAACUGUUGAAGCUUGCAAAGAGUUGCUCUGGAUGAAGAGAUUUACUCAGGAACUUGGGCUUGCUCAAAAGAGGUCAGAGCAUAUUGAUGUUAGAUACCAUUGGAUUAGAGAUGUCCUAGAUUCUAAGUUGCUUGAACUUCAGAAAAUUCACAUUGAUGAGAAUGGGUCGGAUAUGAUGACCAAAGCUUUGCCAAGAGGGAAGUUUGAGGCAUGUUGCUUGAUCGCUGGAAUGGCAAUCUCCUCCACAUAGUCGGGAGGGGGAGAAUUGUUGGGUUCAGUUCUUGUGCCUUGAACAGUAGCUCGUAUUUUGGUGCUCUAUUUUCUUGUGGCCCCUUUUUGACUUUGUUGGUUUGUGGCCUAUUGUUCCUCUUAUUUUGUGCUGUUUUUGUGCCCUUUUAGAAGAAGAGGAUAUUAUGUACUCACUUUUAUCAUAGUGGAGUUAUUUUGAGUGGAAUGGAUGUCCCAUGGUUUUUACCCAAUUUUGGGGUUUUCUACUUAAAAUAUUUGUGUCUCUUGUGUGGUUGCUUUGCCUUGGCUAUUUUUACUAUUCUGCAUAUUUUUAGUUGCUGCCAUAAUUUAUUUGGACUCAAUUUAACUUGCUCCUAACAAUUCAAAUAGAUUGGGGAAGAUUUUGGUGUUGCUUUUGUUUCCGCUGUGGUCAGGCUCUUAGCUCAUUAGCACUUGUUUUUGCUCUUCACCAUUACAAGCCAACCCUACUCUAUGUCAUGGGCGAAAUUGAUGCAGCUCUUGGUACACUUUUUGAACCAUGAACCAUUUUCUUUUUCUUUUCUUAUAAUAUAUGUGUAUACUUCCCUUCUUCUAUCCUCAGUCACCAAAAUUUAUUGGUUACUAUGGUGUUUCAGACUUCAAGAAUGUUUCUAUAGUUGGACAUUAUGCGAAGGACUGAACAAAAGAUGCACAGUUUAUACUAAUAAGGUGUGUUUGGUCUCUCAGGUUUUUCUUUUAUCAUUGCUAGGUACCGUCUGUACUGAAUCUGUUUUCCCUGUAAUUCCUUGAUUUCCUUGCAGCCCUAGGAAUAACAUGUUUGAAUUGGC